AAACGUUUGUUGUUGUUCUACGUGCACCAUCAGCCGGUUCUGCCUCUGCACCUUUCGCGAAUGUAUAAAUUUCCGACCACGUUUCGCCUCGUCCCGAAUGUAGCUCGCCGCGCCGCGAUAAUCCGGUUCAAAUCGUCGUCCAAACUCCGCCGCGUCCUCGCCGAAAUGCCACUGGAUCCGAAGCACAUCGCCGAAGCGCAAAAGCAACGGCUCAAGCUGAAGCAGAAGGUGGCGAAAGUGUCGCCGGGGAUUGUGAACCUGCAGGUUGUGGGUUCCGGGGCGGCUGGGUCUCCGGCGUCGGUUUAUCUGUUUAGCGAUCAGACGCGGUACUUGUUCAACUGUGGCGAGGGCACGCAACGGUUGGCGUACGAGCACAAGACGAAGCUGUCGAGUUUGGAGAACAUCUUCAUGACGAGGACGUGCUGGGAGCGGAUUGGCGGGCUGCCGGGGAUUUGCUUGACCAUGCAGGACGUGGGGUGCCGCGUGACGCUGCACGGGCCGCCGGGGCUGGAUGAGCUGUUUAAGGCGAUGAGUCGGUUUGUGAUUUUGAAGGACAUGAAGGUGCGGGCGGCGGAAUGCAGGGCGGAGGAUCUGUACGAGGACCACGUUAUGACGCUGAAGUAUGUGGCGAUUGGGAGGAAGGUUGAGGAAGGUGGCGCAAAUUCUGAUGAGGAGAACAAGGGGGAUGAAACGGCGGUUGACGAUACCGAUUACUACGCGUACGAGAAGCGUAAGAAAUCGGAACCGAAGGCCAAGCUUCAAACUGCUUCAGCGAAACAGGACUGGACCAAACGGCACGAGGAAUCGGUGAUGGCCUACAUCUGCAAGCUGAAGCAUCGAUUUGGACAACUUUCGCUGGAAAAGUGCGUAGAGAAGGGCGUUCCGGCGGGACCUUUGCUGGGGCAGUUGAAGAAUGGAAACGACGUGACGUUGCCCGAUGGAAAGGUGGUCAAGUCGAGCGAAGUUCGUGGUCCGAAUGAUCCUGGGCCGGUUUUCAUUUUUAUCGAUAUUCCUAGCGAAGCAUAUUUGAGCGAUUUGGAAGCUAAGAAUGAGGCGUUUGUUCCCUACCAGAGUACGGCCACCGACGAGUCGGAUCAGGCCAUGUACGUGGUACAUUUCACUCCGCUGGAUGUAAUGAGGACGGAACGGUAUCGGACUUUUCUGAACAAGUUUUCGGCGAGCACGCGGCACAUUGCUUUGAAUGAAAUCAACAAGUUUUCCGGAUAUAUUGCAUCACAUCGGAUUCAGUACCACCUGAAUCAACUGGAUAAGGACAUUUUCCCAGUUCUGAAAGAGGACAACAACAAAUACGAUGAGCUGGAAAACACCGCAACGGGCUGUGAUUUAGUGAGAUCUUCUUCGCUGAGUUACUUCCACAUUAGACCUCGAAAGGGCAUCGAUCGAACGCAGGAAGCUGCCCUCAAUCCCGCUGAAUAUCUGCAAGAGCUGGAAGCCCUGCCAGAUUUCAAACUCGCCUUAGACGACCUGCGGAGGAAAAUCGCCCAACAACCUUCCCAGUCACAAACGCCUCGUUCGGAAAUCUUUCCCCGAAUCGUAUUCCUCGGCACAGGUUCUUCAAUCCCAAACAAGACCCGCAACGUGAGUGCCAUUCUGGUGCGAACCAGCCCAGACUCGUCAAUCCUCCUGGACUGCGGUGAAGGCACGGCCGGACAAAUCGAGCGCCUGUAUGGCGUGGAAGCGGCCGUCCAGGUAUUCCGCUCGAUCAAAGCUGUUUACAUUUCGCAUUUGCAUGCCGACCAUCAUCUGGGGCUGUUCGGGUUGCUUCAAACGCGCCGAAAGUUGCUCGGUCCGGACAGUGAAAAGGUUCUUCUCCUGGCACCGGAGCAGAUUUUCUACUGGAUGCGACUGUACGAUUGCCGGUUCGAACCGCUGCACAAGGAGUACGAGCUGGUCAAGAAUGCUCAGCUGAUCGAGGAACCCCUCCGCGACGAGCGCAUCCACGACCUAGGCCUAACGGAAAUCGCGACCUGCCGCGUGCGCCACUGCCCGCACUCGUUCGGUGUGGCCCUCCGAAUGCACUCCUCCAAAAAAGACGACACCGAACCGAUCAAAAUAACCUACAGCGGUGACACGAUGCCCUGCCAGGACCUGGUCGAGCUCGGUCGCGACUCGACAGUCCUCAUCCACGAAGCAACCAUGGAGGACGAGCUGGAGGCGGAAGCGCGCGUCAAAAUGCACAGCACCCUGUCCCAGGCGAUCUCCCAAGGGCGCAAAAUGAACGCCCGGUUCACGCUGCUCACCCACUUUAGCCAGCGGUACGCGAAAAUCCCACGUAUCGAGUCCGAGCUGGACAGCAACCUGGGCAUCGCGUUCGACAACAUGGAAGUCACGAUGGAAGAUCUGCCCCAGCUGUGUUUGUUUUAUCCGGCGUUGAAGGCGAUGUUUAUCAGUCACUUUGAAGAGAUGGAGCAGAAGGCGAUCAAGCGGGGGAAUAAGAAGAUGCGGCUGGAAACGGGCAGCGGCGGGAGCAGCAAGGAACCGUCGCCGGCGAGGUAAUUUUAGGAAACGGGGCUAAAUUAUUGUUAGAGUUCUGAUCAGUUGAACAAUUUUUAAUAUUGAAUUUUCUGUAAUGCUUGAAAGA